AUGAAAAGAAGGCAAGAAGAGGAGCGAGCCCCUACUAGCACGCGGAGAGGGCGAGACGAGGAGGCGGAGUCCUCACUAUUGUUGGGGUUUACAGAGUGGGACUUCGAGACGAAGUGGGGGUCUCCGCUCCACCCACCAGCCUGGGACCUCGCACUCGGAGCCUGGAUUCGUCCGGAGCCCCACCCCCACCCCCACACGUUCACCCAGCUGGAAGCGGCCAAACCUUUAUCCCCGAAGCCCAGCCUCUCCCCGCCCCCAUCCGCAGCCCAAGCGCUUCUCCUCUACGCCCCAUCCCCUGCCUCCUGCCCCCACUUUCCCCUUUGGGCAUCACUUCGACUGAUGCACCCCGACCCCCCGGCUGAUGCACCCCCGCCACCUCCACUCGCCCUGUCCCGAUCCCCUCCAACCCCGGGCGCCUCCCCAACAGCCCCCACCUCCUUUCCCGUCCCUCCUGUAGCCCCAGGGUACUCCCGGUUUGGCCACUCCAAGGCCGCCCGACUGGACUCACCGUGUGGGGCCGAGGUCGAGGCCCGGGAAGGGUGCCCGGGGGCAGGGGCCGCUGCUGCUCCAGCAGCUGUAAUGAGCCGCGGCGGCAGCCACCCCGCUGGCAGCUCGGGCCGAAUCAGCGCCCCGCACCAGCCCCCAUUACGUCACCGCCCAGCGCCGGGCCGCCCGCAGCCUCCUGGGAGUUGUAGUAUUUACCCCUGCUCCAGCCCAGGGCUCUCUGGGGCCGCCCGCAGGUUUCAACAGUACGCGGAACAAAGAUUCUACUCCAGUCCAGGACUAUGCCAAUCUGUGGCCAUGUUCCCGCCAGCCAGUCACCUCCUGUCCCUGCUGCUGGUGAUAGACGCAGGGGGAACCGUGCCCAGCCCCCAGGGGGUUCCCCAGGGCUGCUAUGCGGCAGAGGAAGCUGGGGAGCAGACCUUCCGCUGCAGCCAGGCGGGUCUGAGCACCGUGCCCACCAGCAUCCCCAACGACACCCGCAAGCUCUACCUGGAUGCCAACAGGCUGGCGUCGGUGCCAGCUGGUGCCUUCCGGCACCUGCCUGUCCUGGAGGAGCUGGAUCUGUCCCAUAACAUCCUUGCCCACCUCUCAGGGGCUGCUUUCCAGGGCCUGGCGGGCACACUGCGCCACCUCGACCUCUCUGCCAACCAGCUGGCCUCGGUGCCCGUGGAGGCUUUCAUGGGGCUAAAGAUCCAAGUGAACCUGUCUGCCAACCCAUGGCGCUGCGACUGUGCCCUCCAGGAGGUGCUCCGUCGGGUGAGGCUGGCCCCGGGCACUGGGGCGGGCAUUGUGUGUGGCCCAGAAGCCCGACCGGACCUUGUGGGGCAGAAGUUCCUGCCACUGGUCGGGGAGGAAGAGUUGUGUGGGACAGGGCGGGGCGGGGCCCGGCGCAGCACUGACGUGGCCCUGCUGGUCACCAUGGGGGGCUGGCUGGUUCUGGUGGUGGCUUAUCUGGCCCACUACGUGUGGCAGAACCGGGACGAGACCCGACGUCCGCUCAAGCGGGCCCAAGUGCUGCCUGUGCGCUCUGAGGACUCCUCCACCCUCAGCACAAUGGUCUGA